AUGUUGGAAUUCAACCCUCCAACUACAACAGCUAGUGCAAGUUCAAUGCUGUCUAUGCUCAAUCUCAACAUGGAAGCUGUGUCAAGACAGAACUUCUUACUUGGCACCAGCCCACCACUAGCAGCUUUGCAUACCAUGGCGGAAAUUAAAGCGUCAGCUCUCGGACCUUAUGGUGGAACUACAGCUCAAUCAUCCCCACUAAAAUCGACAGCUGUUAUUCCUGCAUCUUCUGCCACUCCUCAUGGCAUUAAUGACAUUCUUAGUCGCCCAACUAUGACUUCUCCACCAACCUUAGGAGCAUUAGGAGCUACUUUACCCAGGUUUAGUCUCGGGGUUGGACCUAGUAUGUACUUUUCUCCAGCGAAUCCUAGUUUGCACAAGCUAGGAUUAGGAGAUAUCUCGGGAAGACCUUCCCAUGUUUACUGGCCUACGGUAAAUCCACUUUGGAGAGAUCGAUUGACAGCUCCACAAGUAUCCGCCCAAGGCUGCACGGACAAAGAUGGCAAGAAAAAACACACCAGACCAACUUUUUCCGGACACCAAAUUUAUGUUUUAGAAAAGACAUUUGAACAAACUAAAUAUCUUGCUGGACCUGAGAGAGCUAAACUUGCAUAUGCCCUAGGAAUGUCAGAAAGCCAAGUCAAGGUGUGGUUUCAAAACAGGAGGACAAAGUGGAGGAAAAAACACGCUGCAGAAAUGGCCACUGCCAAACGAAAACACGAUUCGGAAGCUGAGCACUAUCGUCAUGAGGACAUAGUUGAACGAGACGACUUCGAUUCCAAAAGGUUGAAAAUGAAUGUCAUUAGGUCCAACUGCAGACAUGAUGACUCUUCAGAGAGUAUUCUUUGA